AUGCCAGUCUGCAACCUCUUUCUGUUACAGCUUGCCAAAUCAACAGACGCGCACUCCUUUCUCCAACAACUCAAACAAACACCCAACCUCCAGGUCAUUGUCGCAUCGCGCCCACGCCAUGUUGUCAUCCACCCCAACAUCCUCGACAAUGAGAUCCUGACCAAAACACCCUGGGAUCUCCUAGUCCUCCUCCAAUCCAGCAAUCCAACCCCGUUCAGCCACCUCAGUCAACACAUAACAAAGACCUACAAACUUCCAACCGGAAUCCCUUCAAAACUCCUGUCCGACUACUCUACCCGCUCCGAGUCCCUCAAAUCUCAAGCCUCAUCAGUUCCCCUGACAGGCUCUCUGGACAAAAUUCUACACUCUGGAAGCAAAUCCACAUCCCAAAACCUAGAAGUUUCCCCCUCGCUCUUGGAGUUCAUGACCCGGCUUGAGAAAACACACAAGGGGCCCGUGACCAUGCUGAAUCUACUUCAUUUCCACCAUCCAGAUGGGAAGAAGAGCUAUUACCAGUACGGACAAGCUUUCAUUCCCGUUGCAGGAAAGAGAGGAGGCAAUGCGAAGUUGGUGGGUAAUGUGGUACCUGCCCCUGCCGGUCACGAGGAUCAUUCGCGAGGUGAUAGGAAGAAGACGGAGGAGUGGUGGAAUGAGAUCUCGAUCGUACAUUACCCUUCUAUCCGACAUUUCUGUGAUAUGCUUGCUGGGGAGGAUUAUCAGGCUAUUAAUGAAAAGUAUCGGUUGUCGGCACUCCAUGAUACUUUCUUACUCUGCACGACCGAGUUCGAUGUCGAGGGACAUGAGAACUCGAAGCUGUGA